AUGCCUAACGUUUCAUUUCUAUUGACAGUGUGCCAGGCGGGAGAGAAGUUCUCUGCCGAGAAGAACCUGACAGAACGGCUCUUAUCGAAUUAUGGUCCCAUCUCAGCUCGUCCUCUACGUAACUCAUCGGCACCAAUCAUAGUCUACUUCAGGGCACUGCUCAAGGAACUCAUCUCUUUUGACGAAACUAAUCAAGUCAUCACACUCGUAGUCUACGUCAGAUUGAUGUGGGUAGAUGAGUAUCUACAAUGGGAUCCUGCUGAGUAUGAUAGGACUAUUAUGAUUAUUCCCAAAGACAUAUGGCUUCCAGAACUAACCUUGGAUGAAAAUGUCGAUCGCGAUUUCAUCAGUUUUCCGGAUACCUAUAUAACGGCAACACCGGACGGAACCGUCAACUGGUUCUUCCCGGCCGUCAUCACCACGACAUGCAAGGUCGAUGUCCGUUUCUUUCCCUUCGACAUCCAGGAGUGCACACUGACAUUCCUUCCGUGGUCUAUGGAUGAAAGUAUGAUGAUGUUACGUUUCCCAGAUGGGGUCGACGCUAGCCAAAACAUCUACGAGCGCAACGGCAUCUGGCACCCUUCCUCCUUCACCGCCUACAACGUCAGCCUCUCCUACCUCUGCUGUCCGUACCCCUGGUCCCACGUCAUCUACACCAUUCGACUCCAGAGAGAGUCGAAGUUCUUCCGUGAGACCAUCAUCCUCCCCGCCGUAUUCCUGACCGUACUCAUGGCGACGGUCUCCUGGCUCCAUCCAGCGUCCGGGGAGAAGAUGACGUUGGCCGUGAGCAAUCUCCUGGCCCUCAUCCUCUUCCAGCAGCUGGUAGCGGAUAGCAUGCCUCCUAUUGGAGAUAAUACAUCCAUCAUAGUCACAUUCUUCUUCAUCAUGAUCGCACUCGGAUGCGCGUCCGUUAUCUCUUCCGUGACCGUUCUCCGGAUCUUCCACCACGGCGGAGACAAGCCCCUACCUCGUUGGGUCUGCUACAUCAUUUACCGCUGUGCCGGCUGCACGAUGAUCUUCGGCCGAGAGAGAUUGCAAACCGCACUGAAAGCCAUGUUUUCAGAAGCACCAAAAGUCGCCUUCAUCAGUCAGAUUUCAUUAAGGAAUUCAUUAAGGAAUAACCCCACUACCAAGCUUUCUCAUGAUCCAACACUUAACGCACCUCAUCUUAACGGCAAGGCGACGACAGAGACAGUUGCAAAGAACCAUUCUCCACAGGACUUUCUGGCCCGGGGGACGCCGGAGACCACCUACGAGAAGAACGCCAUGAUGUGGCGCGAGACGGCCCUGGUCCUCGAUAAGGUCUUUGGACUGGUCCAGUUCCUGAUCAUCAUCGGCGCUUGCCUCUAUAUGUUGAUUGGUUACACGACGGCAGACCCCUCUGCAACAAUCUAGUUGGUCCAGUUCCUAGUCAUUAUAGGCGCCUUUUUCUACACGACUCCCCCUCCCCUUCUGCAGCAGUUCAACAUUAUUGCCUUCGC